AUGGAGUCAGCGACUGACAGUGGCCCGCGUCUGGCGUUCAAUUCCAGCUUCGACAAUGUGACGAUCGUGGACACGUCAACGGCCGCCAUGAACGUGUCGACGAGCUUCGCGUUCGCUCUCAAAUGUUUGGAUUUUUUCAAUUUUUAUUACCUUGCCGUGAUCAUCAUCUUCGGCGUGGUUGGCAACACGUUGAACUUCCUCGUCUUCACGCGCACUCACUUGAAAUUGCGCAGUUCCAGUUACUAUUUAGCAGCGCUGGCCCUGGCCGACCUGGGUUUUCUCCUAACAUUAUUGGUCGUCUGGUUGAACCACGUCGGAGUCGACUUGUUUAAUCGCCAGGGCUUUUGUCAAGCCCUUGUCUACGGCAGCAGCGUCUGCUCUUGUCUCAGCGUUUGGCUGACGGUGGCGUUCACCAUCGAGCGUCUCAUCGCCGUCCAGUAUCCACUCCAGCGGCCGUACAUGUGCACCGUGCGGAGAGCCAAAAUUAUCAUCUCGGUCCUGACGCUGACCACUCUCACCUGUCACGUCUAUUCCCUGUUCACGGCCGGCAUCACCGAUGGCGGACCCGAAGGCAAGUCCACCUGCGACCUCCUGCCAGACUACUACCGGUUUAUGCACGUUGUCAAUCUCCUCGACACGGUCCUAACACUCGUCAUCCCUUUCAUCCUCAUCGUCGUCAUGAACACGCUCAUCGCCAAGAAUCUGAUCGUCUUUAGCCGCACGUUCAACCGCAAGAAAUCGCCGCGUUCCAGCAACAACGCAUCGGCGCAACACAUCCAAAUGAAGACGAUCCGGCUGACGGAACACUGGCAAGAGCGUGACAGUGGCCAGGGAUCCGUAUCCAAUCCGUCGCACCACAGCAACAACAACAGUAAUGGCAAUUUACACGCCCAACAACUGGCCAGUUCGGUACCGGUCGAAGCGGCCUCGACCAGCGUCAGUAGCCCUGGACAUUUGGAACGAUCGACAGCCAAUGCCGUCCUGUCCGGCGGAUGUCCUUCCGUCAACAAAGUCACGGGCAAUCAAGUAGCUAUCCAUCAGCAAGCGGCUCACGAAGCCAGUCACGACGGCCAACUCUGCACCCAAGAAAAAUUGCAGUACCGCAACAUCUUAUCCAUACGCAUCCAGUAUUCAAUUACGAAGAUGUUGCUCCUCAUAUCUACCGUGUUCAUCAUGCUUAAUCUUCCCAGUUACGUCGUUCGACUACAAGUGUUUAUCAGCGAAGUUUCCGGCUCCAACUCGGAAGUGAGUUCCACUGCCUGGCUGCUUCAACAGUUCUUUAUGCUUCUCUACUACACCAAUUUCUCCAUUAAUUUCCUACUUUAUUCCACGUGCGGUACGACGUUCCGACAUUGUUUGUGUCGUCUGAUACGGGACAAACGCGACGCUAUGCGACGCUCCAUCAUCGGGAUACGAUAUCGUUACACGGGUUCUAACCAUCCACCAUAUCCGUGAAAAGACACACACACAUUGUACGGUAAAAAAAACCCAAUUGGUCCAUCAUUAAGAGGAGAAUCGACGGUAUCAGGCCCAGCCUCACAUUUCAAACGUCAUCUGAACAAUGUAUUUUCGUUUAAUGGGCUUUGUUUCUCCUGGACGUGAUUUAAAGCGACAAUGUGAUAAAUGGCGGUAGGAAGAGGGUUGAGAACAAAUGGUUUCCUAAUGUGUUCUUUCACUUUUCACGCAAAACUUUUUCAAAGUGACGUCAUGUUGUCGUUGUCUAUUUGUUACGCGGUUGCCGCACCCAAUCUUCCCCUAUUGGCGAAUGGUUAAAAACGCUGCCCAAAAGACCGAAAAAACCAAGAGAGAAUAAAACAAAUAUACAUAUACCAUUCCCCCCCCCCCCCCGUGUCGGCAUAGUUCAUAGUCAAAACAACAGUUUCAAAUCUUUUUGUCAUGUUCCUCUUCAAGAGCCAAUGGUCUUUUUGCUACCUCACGCCAAAUUGUUGAGCUAAACGUUUGAUGUUCGACUGCCAGUCCUUGUUCGGCAAAAGACAUAUGUUGGUGUGUAUCAACAGCUUUCAUGUUGAAUGUUCCUCAAAGUCCUCCCAAAUGUGUAAUCCAGGGAGGACAAAGCUCACCUUGAAGAUACGAAUAAAAGA